UGCCCCUAUGUAUGUGUCACCGCGCACCAUUCCCGCCCACCUACCUCCCCGCGGUGCCAGAGGGGGCUCACAGAGCUGAGGACGCGCGCAGCACCGCUCAAGGUCCCUCACUCUCUCUCCGCACCCUCGCCGGCCAGCAUCUGACGCAGGUGCCAAGGGGGCUCCGGGCACCUUUCUGUGUCCCUUCCCUCCAUCAACCCUGCUCCGAAACCCAGUCAGCCCAGCUGCCACAGCGGCCACCGCCGGAGGGGACCUUCGGAGAAGACGCCGGCGGGAGGAGGGGUGCGCCGCCCCCACCCCACCCCGCGCAGAGCAUCCCGCUGCAGCGCAGCAAGACCCGGGGUUCGCAGCCCCCAGGAAUCCCUAGCAGCCUCGCCGCCGGGGAUACCGGACUGAAGUUCUUGGAGGAGCGAGUCCAAUUCUUCAAGGUGAACUAUGACCACUUUACUCUUGGCCUUUGUGACGCUGAGGGCCAUCGCUACAGUGAUCUCAGAAGAAGUUCCAGACCAUGACAACUCACUGAGCGUGAGCAUCCCUCAGCCAUCCCCACUGAAGGUCCUCCUAGGGACUUCCCUCACCAUCCCCUGCUACUUCAUCGACCCCAUGCAUCCUGUGACCACUGCCCCCUCCACUGCCCCCCUGGCCCCAAGAAUCAAGUGGAGCCGUGUUUCCAAGGAGAAAGAGGUGGUACUGUUGGUGGCCACUGAAGGACAAGUUCGAGUCAACAGCCUCUACCAAGACAAGGUGUCCCUACCCAACUAUCCAGCCAUCCCCAGCGAUGCCACCUUGGAAAUCCAGAGCCUUCGCUCCAAUGACUCUGGGAUAUAUCGCUGUGAAGUCAUGCACGGCAUUGAGGACAGCGAGGCCACCCUGGAAGUCAUAGUAAAAGGUAUCGUGUUCCACUACAGAGCCAUCUCCACACGCUACACACUGGACUUCGACAGAGCCCAGCGGGCUUGCCUGCAGAACAGCGCCAUCAUCGCCACACCUGAGCAACUGCAGGCUGCCUAUGAGGAUGGCUUCCACCAGUGCGAUGCAGGCUGGCUGGCUGACCAGACAGUCAGGUACCCCAUCCACACUCCCCGGGAAGGCUGCUAUGGAGACAAGGAUGAGUUUCCUGGAGUGAGGACCUAUGGGAUCCGUGACACCAAUGAAACCUAUGAUGUGUACUGCUUUGCUGAAGAGAUGGAGGGUGAGGUGUUUUACGCCACGUCCCCGGAGAAGUUCACCUUCCAGGAGGCAGCCAACGAGUGCCGGCGGCUGGGGGCACGACUGGCCACCACGGGCCAGCUCUACCUGGCCUGGCAGGGCGGGAUGGACAUGUGCAGCGCCGGCUGGCUGGCGGACCGCAGUGUGCGCUACCCCAUCUCCAAGGCUCGGCCCAACUGCGGGGGCAACCUCCUGGGAGUGCGGACUGUCUAUCUGCACGCCAACCAGACAGGCUACCCUGAUCCCUCGUCCCGCUAUGACGCCAUCUGUUACACAGGUGAAGACUUUGUAGACAUCCCAGAAAACUUCUUCGGGGUUGGUGGUGAAGACGACAUCACCAUCCAGACGGUGACCUGGCCAGACCUGGAGCUGCCCCUGCCCCGAAAUAUCACAGAGGGAGAAGCACGGGGCAAUGUGAUCCUCACUGCAAAGCCCAUCUUCGACCUGACUCCCACUAUCUCAGAGCCCGAGGAGGCCCUCACACUUGUCCCUGAAGUGGGGGCCACGGCCUUCCCUGGGGCUGAGGAGAGAACUGAAGAAGCCACCAGGCCCUGGAGCUUUCCUGGGGACACCACACCUGGGCUGGGCUCUGCCACAGCCUUCACCAGUGAGGACCUGGUGGUGCAAGUGACCAUCUCCCCCGGGGCAGCUGAAGUCCCUGGUCAGCCCCGCCUGCCAGGGGGAGCUGUAUUCCACUAUCGCCCAGGCUCCACCAGAUACUCUCUGACGUUUGAGGAGGCACAGCAGGCCUGCAUGCACACCGGGGCGGUCAUCGCCUCACCUGAGCAGCUCCAGGCUGCCUAUGAGGCAGGCUAUGAGCAGUGUGACGCUGGCUGGCUGCAGGACCAGACCGUCAGAUACCCCAUUGUGAGCCCACGGAUGCCAUGUGUGGGUGACAAGAACAGCAGCCCCGGGGUCAGGACGUACGGCGUGCGCCCGUCAUCGGAAACCUAUGAUGUCUACUGCUAUGUGGACAAGCUAGAGGGGGAGGUAUUCUUCGCCACACGCCUCGAGCAGUUCACCUUCCAAGAAGCGCAGGCCUUCUGUGAAGCUCAGAAUGCCACCCUGGCCUCCACUGGCCAGCUCUACGCCGCCUGGAGCCGUGGCCUGGACAAGUGCUAUGCCGGCUGGCUGGCGGACGGCAGCCUCCGCUAUCCCAUCGUCACCCCUCGGCCUGCCUGUGGUGGAGACAAACCGGGCGUGAGAACUGUCUACCUCUACCCCAACCAGACCGGCCUCCCAGACCCGUUGUCCAGGCACCAUGCCUUCUGCUUCCGAGGUGUGUCAGUGGUGCCCUCUCCAGGAAAAGAAGAAGGCGGCACACCCACAUCACCCACUGACGUAGAGGACUGGAUCGUCACUCGGGUGGGGCCUGGCGUGGAUGCUGUCCCCUUGGAGCCCGAGGCAACAUCGGUGCCAGAUUUCAUCACUGAAGCAGAAACACAAACUGAAUGGGAGCCAGCCUACACCCCAGUGGGCACAUCCCCACUGCCAGGGAUCCUUACCACAUGGCUUACCACCAUCCCAGCAGCAGAGAAAUAUACCGAAAGCCCCUCAGCCACUGAAGAGCCCUCUGCCUCGGAAGUACCUUCCACCUCAGAGGGGCCAUAUACUCCUUCACUUGCAGCACCAAGCGGGACAGAGCUGCCAGGCUCCGGGGAGGUAUCGGGGGCACCUGACCUCAGUGGCGACUUCACAGGCAGCGGAGAAGCUUCAGGACGACUUGACUCCAGUGGGCAGCCAUCGGGGGGCAGUGAAAGUGGACUUCCCUCGGGCGACCUUGACUCCAGUGGCCUCAGCCCCACUGUGAGCUCAGGCCUGCCUGUGGAAAGUGGACUGGCCUCAGGGGAUGAAGAAGAAGUCCAGUCGUCCCGCACUCCCACCGUUGACAGGCUGCCCUCUGGAGGUGAGGGCCGAGAAGGCUCUGCUUCUGGAACAGGAGACUUGAGCGGGCUGCCUUCCGGUGGGGCAGUUAUAGACACUUCUGCUUCUGGGUCAGAAGAUAUCAGCGGGCUUCCUUCUGGAGAAGAAGGUCCAGAAACGUCUACCUCUGGAGUAGAUAGUACCAGUGGGAUUCCUACUGAAAGAGAAGGUCUAGAGACCUCUACCUCUGGAGUAGAGGACCUCAGCGGGCUUCCUUCUGGAGAAGAAGGUCCAGAAACGUCUACCUCUAGAAUAGAGGACAUCAGUGUACUUCCUACUGGAGGAGAAAGUCUAGAAACAUCUGCUUCUGGAGUGGGAGACCUGAGCGGACUUCCCUCAGGGGGAGAAACUCUAGAAACAUCUGCUUCGGGUGCAGAAGCUGUCACCCAGCUUCCUACUGAAGGAGGAGAGACUUCUGCCUCUGGAAUAGGGGACAUCGGUGUGCUUCCUACUGGAAGAGAAAGUCUAGAAACUUCUGCCUCUGGAGUAGAGGAUGUCAGUGGACUUCCUUCUGUCGGAGGAGGUCUAGAGACUUCUGCCUCUGGAACAGAGGACGUGAAUGUGUUCCCUACUGAGGCAGAAGUUCCAGAAACUUCUGCCUCUGGAGGGUAUGCCAGUGGGAUUCCUUCUGGAGAAGAUGGUGUGGAAACCUCUGCUUCUGGGGUGGAUGGUGUGAGUGGCCAGCCUUCUGGAGGAGACGGUCUAGAAACUUCUGCCUCUGGAGUGGAAGAUCUUGGUGUUUCCAUCAGAGAGGGUCUGGAUACGUCUGCUUCCGGAGCAGAUGUUACUGGGUUUCCUUCUGGAAGUGGGGAUACAGAGAUCUCUGUUUCUGGGGUAGGCGAUGACCUCAGUGGACUUUCUUCUGGAAAAGAAAGCCCAGAGACUUCGGCUUCUGGAGCUGAGGACUUUAGUGGGUUGCCUUCUGGAAAAGAAGACUUGGUAGGAUCCGCCUCUGGGGCCCCGGACUUUGGCACACUACCUUCUGGAACUCUAGAAACUCCAGAAGCCAGUGGCCUUCCCUCUGGAUUUAGUGGUGAGUAUUCUGGAGUAGAUGUUGGAAGUGGCUCAUCCUCUGGCCUGCCUGACUUUAGUGGACUUCCGUCUGGGUUACCAACUGUCUCCCUGGUGGACAGUACCUUAGUGGAAGUGAUCACAGCCACCACUGCCAGUGAACUGGAAGGAAGGGGCACCGUUGGCAUCAGUGGUGCAGGAGAAGUAUCAGGGGUGCCCCUCAGUGAGUUGGAGAGUAGUGGGGACAUCAGUGGCCUCCCUUCAGGAACUGGACUCAGUGGCCAAGCAUCUGGAUCUCCUGAGGUCAGUGGGGAAACAUCUGGACUUUUUGAUGUCAGUGGACAGCCAUUUGCGUCACCUGACACCAGUGGGGGAACAUCAGGGAUCCCUGAAAUCAGUGGGGUAUCUGAAGUGACUGAGCUGAGUGGACUGCCCUCUGGACAGCCAGAUGUCAGUGGAGAAGGGUCUGGCAUUCUCUUUGGCAGUGGCCAGCCUUCUGGCAUAACUUCUGUGAGUGGAGAAAGCUCCGGGGUUCCUGACCUCAGUGGGCAGCCCUCAGGGUUACCGGUGUUCAGUGGAACAACACCAGGAAUCCCUGACCUGGCUUCUGGCGCCAUAAGUGGCAGCGGAGACUCUUCUGGCAUUACAUUUGUGGACACCAGUUUUGUUGAAGUGACCCCUACCACAUUUAAAGAAGAAGAGGGCUUAGGAUCUGUGGAACUCAGUGGCCUCCCUUCCGGGGAGACAGAUCUUUCUGGCACAUCUGGAACGGUGGAUGUCAGUGGACAAUCUUCCGGAGCAAUCGAUUCCAGUGGAUUCACAUCCCCGGCUCCGGAAUUCAGUGGCCUCCCAAGCGGAACAACUGAGGUCAGCGGAGAAUUCUCUGGAGUGGAGGCUGGGAGCAGCUUCUCCUCAGGAGCAUUUGAUGGCAGUGGACUUGUCUCAGGUUUCCCUACUGUGUCUCUUGUAGACAGAACUUUGGUGGAAUCUAUAACCCAGGCUCCAACUGCUCAAGAGGCUGGGGAAGGGCCUUCCGGCAUCUUGGAAUUCAGUGGCGCCCAUUCUGGAACACCAGACAUGUCUGGGGACCUUUCCGGGUCUUUGGACCUAAGCACAGAGCAGUCUGGGCUGAUGGACCCCAGCACAGAGCCACCAAGCUCUCCAUAUUUUAGUGGAGACUUUUCUAGCACCACUGAUACAAGUGGAGCAUCCACGACUGGCAGCGGAGAAAGCUCGGGGCUUCCAGAAGUCACUUUAAUCACUUUAGAGUUAGUGGAGGGUGUGACUGAACCAACCGUUUCCCAGGAAGUUGGCCAAGGGCCUUCUAUGACAUAUACUCCAGAGCUCUUCGGGGCCAGUGGGGAAGCCUCAACAUCUGGGGACCUUGGUGGAACCGUGACAAACUUCUCAGGGUCUGGGAUAGAAGCUUCGGUCCCAGAAGCCAGCAGUGAGACAUCUGCUUACCCUGAGGCUGGACUGGGAGUGUCUGCUACCCCUGAGGCCAGCAGUAAACUGUCUGGAUUCCCAGAUCUUCAUGGAACCACCUCUGCCUUCCAUGAAGCAGAUCUAGAGGUGACAGCCUCAGGCACAGAGGUGAACAGCACCCCAUGGACCUUUCAGGAAGGCACCAGGGAGGGAUCUGCUGCUCUGGAAGUGAGUGGAGAUUCUAUCACUACCUCCAGCAUAGACACAGACACUUCAGGUGUGCCUUCUUCCACUCCCAUGGCUUCUGGAGACAGGACUGAAAUCAGUGGAGAAUGGUCUGAUCACACUUCAGACUUGAAUGUUGUCAUCAGCACCACCAUCCCAGAGGCCCAACCUACCCAGCGCCCUACAGAGACACAUCAAGAAAUCGAAUCCCCCAAUCCCCCAUACUCAGGAGAGGAGACCCAAACAGCAGAAACAACCAUCUCCCUGACAGACGCCCCCAUCCCCUCUUCUUCAGAAGGGUCAGGAGAAACAGAGUCAACUGCUGAAGACAUUGAUGAGUGCCUCUCAAGCCCUUGUCUGAAUGGAGCCACCUGCGUGGAUGCCAUCGACACUUUCACAUGCUUAUGCCUUCCGAGCUACGGAGGGGACCUGUGUGAGAUCGACCAGGAGCAGUGUGAGGAGGGGUGGACCAAGUUCCAGGGCCACUGUUACCGCCACUUUCCUGACCGUGAGACCUGGGUGGAUGCCGAGAGAAGGUGUCGGGAGCAGCAGGCACAUCUGAGCAGCAUUGUCACUCCCGAGGAACAGGAGUUCGUCAACAAAAAUGCUCAAGACUACCAGUGGAUCGGUCUGAAUGACAGGACUAUCGAAGGGGACUUCCGUUGGUCUGAUGGCCACUCCCUGCAAUUUGAGAAGUGGCGUCCAAACCAGCCUGACAACUUCUUUGCCACUGGAGAGGACUGCGUAGUGAUGAUAUGGCACGAGAAGGGCGAAUGGAAUGAUGUCCCCUGCAAUUACCAGCUGCCCUUCACGUGUAAAAAGGGCACCGUGGCCUGUGGAGAACCCCCAGUGGUGGAACAUGCCAGGACCCUCGGGCAGAAGAAGGAUCGCUAUGAGAUCAGCUCCCUGGUGCGGUACCAGUGUACUGAGGGCUUUGUCCAGCGCCACGUGCCCACCAUCCGGUGCCAGCCCAGUGGGUACUGGGAAGAUCCUCGAAUCACCUGCACAAACCCUACCACUUACAAGCGCAGGCUACAGAAGCGGAGCUUGAAACCCAAACGCAGGAGCCACCCCAGCAUGGCCCACUGAAAGCAGCAUCCAGACUGUGCCCAGGAUGCUGAGCCCAGCGGCCAGCCAGGCUGACUGUUCAUCCCACCCAGUUGGUGUCUUCUUCUUGUCACUUUUUAUUAUAUAAGGAAUCCAUUAAAGAAGGAAAAAAAAAUCCCACAUUGUGUGUGCCCCCGCUCCCCAAAUCAAAAAAACUGCCCUAAUUUAUCCCUGCCCCUCUCCCCAGAAAAAAAAAAAAGCCAAAGCAAAUUUUCUGUAACCCGUGAACUGAGUUUAGGGACAUUUCCUCAAUCUCCUACCGUGCCUUUCAAGGGACCAGUGCAGGGACAGGGUGAGAAGGAAGGGGUUAAAUUAAAUAAAGAAGAUAAUUUUUUUUUUUUUUUUUUUUUUUUUUUUGUUUCCUGACUUUACCCAAAAGAAGUGCAAUGGUUGGUUACUUCACCUCCAGGGAGAGCUAGGGGGCAAAGGAGGAGCUGGAAGGAGACGGGGGACCAGGGAGGGGUAGGGGUAGGGUGGCCUCAGGGCAUUAAAGGACUCAGAAGAGACUAACUACAGCUUAAUGUGUCUGACAAAAGGAACCGAGGUCUGUGCCAUCUCUGAGGGAAGGAACCUGGGGCAGGGGACAGGCUGGCUGAGGGGAAGUGAGGUUGCCUUCCCUCCAGGGCCCCUCUCCUGGUGACCUCUCACCUGGGUCAACCACCACAGCAGGUGUCAUUUCUCGGCUGGACUGGGUAGGGGCACUUCCUUCCCAGGGGUGCUCCACCGUCCCCUUCCCUCUCCCCACCCCGGGACGGUGCAGGCACCCGUGUUCCGUGCACCUAUUUAUAUUUUUGAAAACUAAAGAUUAUGAUGAUUAUAAUAAUAAAGACAUUGG